AUAGACGCACGAGGCAGUGUGUUUACACUUGACACACUAAUGCCUCCUUCACUGUGCAAGGUUUACGUACACAUUGUGUCAACAUGAUCUGCUAAAUUCUCCAGUUGCAGGACAAAAUGGAUAUCCCGAUAUGGUUGAUUCUAGCGCUACUGUGCAUUAUUCUACUCUACAUAUAUAGCCAACACCCUUACAAGCUUUGGAAAGCUUUACAAGUCAAAGGUCCAGAGCCCAAAAUAUUCUUUGGAAAUAUUCAUGAAAUUUUUGGUCCUUGUGGAGGAAAAGAGACAUUCGCGAAAUGGCAGUCCCGUUUCGGACGAGUCUAUGGCAUAUACUAUUUCAGAGAGCCUGCAUUAGUUGUCACGGAACCGGACUGGAUCAAACAAGUUUUCAUUAAAGACUACAACAAUUUCCGUGAUCGCAUGGCUUUUGAAAACAACAUUCUUCUCAAUCCAGAACUCAACACCGCGCUCUUCUUCGCCAGAGGAGAUGACUGGAAAAGAGUUCGGGCCAUCAUGAGUCCGUCUUUCAGCAUUGCCAAAAUCAAGGGGAUGAGCGAGACAGUUAAUAGAUGCGCCAAGCGACUGGGGGAACACUUGCUGAAGUUUGCCGAAGACGGAGUUCCCUGGCAAGCAAAAAGGAUGCUGGGGGCUUACGCCAUCGACGUUAUAACGUCGUCGGGAUUCAGUAUUGAUGUCGAUUCAAUUAGCAACCCAGAUGAACCGUUCAGUAGCCACGGAAGAAGUCUGUUUGUUUUCAAAGAGUCUUUCAAAAUUAUAACAUUUCUGGCCUCAGCUUUUCCCGUGGUGAUGUCCCCUAUUUCGAAGAUGCUUCGGAUAUGGACGUUUCGGAACGAUGACAUGGAGUUCUUUGAAAAAAGCAUCAAACUUCUGAUGCGCCAAAGAAAAACCGACAAGAACGAUAUUUACGACAUACUGCAGAACCUAAUGGAAGCUGAGAGCGAAGAGUCUCCAGAAGGAUGCAAGUCGAAACUGACAUCAGACGAAAUUGUGGCCCAAGGCAUAAUGAUGUUUAUCGCUGGUUAUGAAACAGCUUCCAGCACAUUGCAGUUUUUGUUGUAUGAAUUAGCUACUCGCAAAGAUGUUAUGAAAAAAAUCACAGACGAAAUUGAUGACGUCAUCGGCGACCAGGAACCAACCUAUGAGCUGUGUCAAAACUUGAAGUACACGGAGGCAGCCAUCAAUGAGACUUUGAGGAUGUAUCCGCCUCUGUCGGUCUUGACAAGAGAAUGCUCCAAGCCCACAAAACUGUUCCACUUAAACCUGCCUUCCAAAACCGCAGUGAUCAUCCCAGUGUACAAUUUGCAACGAGAUCCCGAAUUCUGGAAAAACCCAAACGAAUUUAACCCAGAACGCUUCAUCGAAGGGAGUCCGUCCUACAGACCUUACAACCCAUUGACAUUUAUGCCUUUUGGCAUCGGGCCGAGGCUGUGUAUCGGAAUGUUGCUUGGGUUAUUGGAAAUGAAACUGGCGUUGGUUCACAUCUUUAAAAGAGUCAGCAUUACCAAGGCCACACCGGAAGUUCUCUUGUUGAAUGACUUUACAAUGGUGCUACAGCCAUCGACACCAAUAAAAGUCUAUUGCACUCCACGUAUAAAGAAGAAACAAGAUUCAUAGAUCAAAUACUAUAUAACUUUUUCAAGAAAGUUAACUGCGUAUAAAUGAUAAUAAACAUUUAAAUUUCUGAAUUCAAACAGUUUGAUUAUGAUAUAUUUUUGUAUCAACAUUUUUGGUUGUAUGUUGUUGAUCUAGCUAAGACAACUUUCUAAUUAUAAACUUUUGAAAUGUAACAUUAUUUAGAAUGCUCAGCAUGGACCAUAGCAUUGAUGGACAAACUUUUUUAAAGGUGGUCCAAAAACUUAAAGGAAAAAUUGUGUUCGGUCAUAAAUUUUUGUUUUAAUUUGAGAUAUUUCACGAUAAACUACAAAAUGUCAUGUACAUAUUCAUGUUUCUGAAUGUUGCCAAUUAAAAGCAAACAGAACUAAAAUUCUAGGGAGUGAUUUUAUUAUUAGAUGAAUUUAGGCAUUUAAACUCCUACUUCUUAUUAAUAUUACAAAACAUUGGACGGCCAAAUUAUCCAAUUCGACGGGCCGGAGUUGGCCCGAGGGCCGUAGUUUGCUCAUCACUCUACUAUAGUUAAGUAAUUGACGCAAUUAUUUCCCUUGAAUGAAACUUGUUUACUUGGUAGUGAAGCAGUGCAAAGUACCAGUAUUAAUAAACAAGCACAGAACAAACGUUUCCUAAAGAACUUGGUUAAUGUCUCUUUCUUUUCAUUUGGGAUUUUGCGAUUUCCGAAAAUAAUAAAAAAGAAACAAAGGAUAACUUUAUGUAUCGCCCAGAUUGAGAUAAACCGAGACCAAUCGCUAUAUAGGGCUCGAACACUAUCCUGUAACGUCGCAACCUGUGGGUAGU